AUGGCCUUAUUCCCUGGAUCCGCUCUCGUGACCGGUGCGGCAUCGGGUAUUGGAAGGCAGGUAGCCAUCUCCUUUAUUCAAGAGGGCUGCAGCAGAAUCGCUCUCCUCGACCGAAACGCAGAGGGGCUCGAGGAAACGUCCCAGCUCUGCAAGCAAAUCGACCCGGCCGCGCACGUCUUCAAGCUCGAGUUUGACGCUCGCAAUGAAAAGGAUAUCGACUUGGCCAUCUCCGCAGCUCAUCACGCUCUUGGCAGGAUUGACUAUGCCCUCGACGUCGCAGAUUUUGACGAUGUGACGACAAUCAACUACCGCGGCCUCUGGAUCGCUCAGCGUGCAGAGAUAUCGCACAUGCUCAAGCAAGAGCCACUUGCCACCCAUGAUGGCCGGCCGGGCAACAGAGGAGCGGUGGUGAAUAUUGCAAGCAACCUCGGGAUCGUCAGUCGACCCGAAACUCCCGCAUACAACGGGUCCAAGGCUGCCGUGGUCAGCCUGACAAAGACUGAUGCCAUAGACUACUCAAAACAUAAUAUCCGAGUAAACUGUGUGUGUCCUGGGCUCGUCCAGACGCCAAUGACCAAGGAUCUUCCACCGGAUGACCCGGCGAUGUUCGUGGCGCCGAUGGGCAGAAUGGCCCAGCCCCAAGAGGUUGCCGACGCAGUCCUAUUCCUGUGUAGCUCAAAGGCAACUUAUAUUCAGGGCGCGGCGCUUUCGGUUGAUGGCGGGUAUACAAUUAAUUGA